AUGGCCGACGCGACCCACUCAAUAUAUAGACAAAGGGGAUUGAGGGGAUUUACUUGUGGAAUUCAAGCUCGUGUAAUGUAUCAGAUUCCGGCUGCUGCACUUUCCUGGUCGGUAUACGAGCUUUUCAAAUUUGUUCUUGGAUAUAACGAAGCAAAAUCAAAAAUGACGGACACUGCUUCAUGCCAUCUGUCAAAAUCCUGCGUCUUGACUUCUGCAGCCCUCGUGCUCGGAGGUGUAGCAAUUGGAUAUGGUAGUGCUUCGUUGAAUGGUAUUUUCCUGGUGCUCUUGGGAUUAGCCGUUGGAACAAUAAUUAGCUACUUUACCUCUCGCCGCAACGUCCGCGUCAACUGCACGCACAAGCUCGAAUGUGAUAAGGUGGUAGAUACUGUCGACAUGGAGGACAUCGGCGACAAGAAAACGUUCUGUCGAUGCUGGAAAUCGAGCAAGUUUCCAUAUUGCGAUGGAACGCACAACAAACACAACAAAGAAACCGGAGAUAAUGUCGGACCUCUCAUUGUUCAGAAGAGCAAACAA